GGCCAGGUGGAGGCGGCGGCGGAAGUGAACGGAACGGUUUCUGCGGCGGAUUCUGACGAUUAGACCUGUCCACAAGAAGUGAGCUGGCAAGGCUGCUUUUCUGUGCUAAAACCGAGGAGCUGAUUGGCACCAUGAAAGUCUUCUGCGGGCGGGCCAAUCCGACCACGGGAUCUGUGGAGUGGCUGGAGGAGGAUGAGCACUAUGAUUACCACCAGGAGAUUGCAAGAUCAUCCUAUGCUGAUAUGCUGCAUGACAAAGACAGAAAUAUAAAAUAUUACCAAGGUAUCCGGGCUGCUGUGAGCAGGGUGAAGGACAGAGGACAGAAGGCCUUGGUUCUUGACAUUGGCACUGGCACAGGACUCUUGUCAAUGAUGGCGGUCACGGCAGGGGCUGAUUUCUGCUAUGCCAUUGAGGUUUUCAAGCCCAUGGCUGAUGCUGCUGUGAAGAUUGUGGAGAAAAAUGGCUUCACUGAUAAAAUUAAGAUUAUCAACAAGCAUUCCACUGAGGUGACCAUAGGGCCAGAUGGUGACAUGCCAUGCCGCGCCAAUAUCCUGAUCACAGAGCUGUUUGACACGGAAUUGAUUGGAGAGGGAGCACUGCCCUCCUAUGAGCACGCGCACAGGCAUCUUGUGCAGGAAAACUGUGAAGCGGUACCUCACAGAGCAACUGUCUAUGCACAGCUGGUGGAGUCCCGGAGGAUGUGGUCGUGGAAUAAGCUCUUUCCUGUCCGUGUUCAGACCAGCCGUGGAGAGCAGGUCAUCGUCCCCCCCUUGGAACUGGAGAGGUGCCCUGGUGCUCCCUCUGUCUAUGACAUUCAGCUGAACCAGGUGUCGCCCACUGACUUCACUGCCCUCAGUGAUGUGAUGCCUAUGUUCAGUGUGGACUUUAGCAAGCAAGUCAGUAGCUCAGCAGCCUGCCACAGCCGGCAGUUUGAACCUCUGGCAUCUGGCCGAGCUCAGGUGGUUCUCUCCUGGUGGGACAUUGAAAUGGACCCUGAGGGGAAGAUCAAGUGCACCAUGGCCCCCUUCUGGGCACACUCAGACCCAGAGGACCUCCAGUGGCGGGACCACUGGAUGCAGUGUGUGUACUUCCUGCCACAAGAAGAGCCCGUUGUCCAAGGUUCAAGCCUCUGCCUGGUAGCCCACCACGAUGACUAUUGUGUAUGGUACAGCCUCCAGAAGACCAGCCCUGAAAAAAACGGGAGAGUCUACCCAGCACGCCCCGUGUGCGACUGCCAAGCUCACCUGCUCUGGAACAGGCCUCGGUUUGGAGAGAUCAAUGAUCAGGACAGAACUGACCAAUACGUCCAGGCCCUGAGGACGGUGCUGAAGCCGGCCAGCGUGUGCCUGUGUGUCAGUGACGGCAGUCUGCUCUCCUUGCUGGCCCAUCACCUUGGGGCAGAGCAGGUAUUUACAGUAGAGAACUCAGCAGCUUCACACAGACUGAUGAGAAAAAUUUUCAAGGCUAACCACUUGGAAGAUAAAAUUAAUAUAAUAGAGAAACGGCCUGAAUUGGUAACGUCUGCAGACUUGAAGGGUAAAAAGGUCUCUCUCCUGCUGGGGGAGCCGUUCUUCACCACCAGCCUGCUGCCAUGGCACAACCUGUACUUCUGGUACGUGCGGACCGCUGUGGACCAGCAGCUGGGGCCCGGUGCUGUGGUGAUGCCCCAGGCUGCCUCGCUGCACGCUGUGGUCGUGGAGUUCAGGGACCUGUGGCGGAUCCGGAGUCCCUGUGGUGACUGCGAAGGCUUUGAUGUGCACAUCAUGGAUGACAUGAUUAAGCGUGCCCUGGACUUCAAGGAGAGCAAGGAGGCUGAGCCCCACCCACUGUGGGAGUACCCAUGUCGCCGCUUGUCCGAGCCCCAGCAGAUCCUGACCUUUGAUUUUCGGCACCCGGUCCCCCUGCACCCGGUCCGUGCUGAGGGCUCCAUUGAGCUGAAGAGGCCUGGGAGGAGCCAUGGGGCCGUCCUGUGGAUGGAAUACCACCUGACCCCUGACAGCACCAUCAGCACCGGCCUCCUGGAGUCUGCAGAGGACAAGGAGGACUGUUGCUGGAACCCGCACUGCAAGCAGGCUGUGUACUUCUUCACCAGCCCGGACUGCAGAGUUCUGCGGGGCAGCCCUCGGACCGUCAGCUACGCCGUGGAGUUCCACCCCCGCACUGGGGACGUCACUAUGGAUUUCACGCUGUCAGACACCGGGGAGGACGGGUGCUGACCCUCACUUGUUGCGAAAUAAAGUGGCUCAAGGGCUCUGG